AUGAGUGCAGUUGUUUUAUCACAUGAUGCCGCAAAAUAUUCCAUUCAUGAACAUGAAAACUUUUUCUGGAAAUUUAGAAUGAUGAAUAUUUAUGAUGUAGUGGCAUUAGACCGUAUGCACCUGCAAGAAAUUGGUUUGUUUCCAUAUAUGCUUGACUUUACAAGAGAAAUGAUUAUGUAUCAAUCUGGUAAUCAAAUUAUUACCAAAAUGGAUGUUCAGUUAGCCACUAUUACGCCAUUUAGUGGAUUAAGAAUAUUGAGUAAUGGAUAUCAACAAGGAGCAAAAUUUACUGGAGCAGAAAUGCGUGAUGUUAUAAAAAUAAUUAUAUUUGUACUAGAUGAGCUUUAUACAAAUAAUGAUAUAAUAAGACAUCGAAAUGAUACAGAAAAUACGUCAAAUGAGUUCGUUGAUUGUAAAAAAUUAAUUCAAUGUUUUAUAAAAUUUGUUAAAAUGUAUAUAACAUCUAGAAAAGAAAAAAUUAAUGAAGAUGAAUUAAAUGAGUUUGAGAUUUGUCGGCAAAUAAUUACAACUAAUGAAUUAAAAAAACCAACUAUGUUAAAGUUAGAUUGUAUGCGAUCUUUAUUAUGGAAACUAUUUAUUAGUGAAUUGGAUAAUCUUGAACAAAAAUUAAAGCAUGAAAAAGAUAUAGAUAGUUUAUGUAUUGAAGGAAUACAAAAUUUAAUUUAUUGUCUAGAUGCAUUUUUAGAUGAAAAAUCAAAUAUUUUAGAAAAUGAUAAUAUUAACUUAAAAAUUUAUGCAUCUGGAAUAUUAACAAAUGGCGAAAUAGUAUAUGCAACUAGUAGAUUUUAUGGACGACCUAAAUUUAGUGAUAUUGCAAUUGCAAUGGAUGAUGCUGAUUAUUUAACAGACAAUGGAAUAUGUUAUGAAAAAAUUUUAAUGUUAGCUGAAAUUAUAUUAUCUUCUUCAACUUUACCAAUUGCACUAAUACAUUGGAUUAGUACAUAUAGUAAAACGUUUUUAUUAUCAAAAUGA